AUGGAGGAUCCCGAGCCUGACACCGAGUGCUUUCAAGUUGCUCUGUAUUUUCCCGGUCUCCGCCGGACUCUCCACGCACAAGCCUCGCCGUCCGUUACGCUCAACGACGCAUGCCACCACUUCAUCGCAUAUGUAGCGCUUCUAAUUUCCCAUAUCUUGCUAAGCUCCGAAUUGUUGCCAUUGUUCUCAAAAGGCGUGGUGUUCACAAAGAAACGCGAUCAGGUGACCAGUGGCCUUCAAGGCCACAUCCAAGAACGCGAGGCAAAUGCGAUUCUUAUAAGAACAAAUUUGUCCUGCGAGAUUAUAUCCCCACAAUCCACACAUUCCAACCCACCGUCCGGCGAAAUUAACCGCCGCCUGCCGAUAUUGGUGUUAUCCAGCAUUAACCAGACACGACCUCAUCCACCUCACGAACAACUCACGAAUCCCCGCCUUUACGAGAAUUGUCUGGUCAACGGGUCUGAUGAUGGGUUGAUGCCACUCGGCGGACAAUACCUCGGCAGGCCUGAGCGUCGACUAGUUCACCCCUUUGGUGCAAUUGGCACGGGAAGGCCUAUUUAUUUCAACAUCCCCGACCCCGAGCCCACCUUCGCGCUGACAGACCUGACCUUCCCAAGCUUUGUCUGGGAUGCGGACCGCAAGCGCGAGUUCGACAUAGAGCUCCUACGUGAGAUGCUCACCUCUGCCUUGGGCACAUCGCGCGUCGCUUCAAGACCAAAAGUCCCAACUCGGUCCUACUGCAUCUGCCAGUGGUGCAGCGACGAAGUUUCAAUGACGACGGAAGCGACUUAUCCGCAGAGACUCUAUCCUCAACAAUAA